AUUGGAAUGGCCUUUUUCUUCUUUUAAAUCAUCAACAUGACUUAUUCUCUAUCGAUACUUUUUACCACUUCUGAACAACACAAACGGUUAAAGGAAAAUGUAUUUACUACGACUUAUAUCACCAUCUCGCCUACAAAAGAUGGUGCAACAGCAAAGACCAAGUGUAUCAACCCCAACUACAACAGCAACAAUCCUUCUUCAUUUUUACCAAUCAAGAAAUUAAAAGUAUCUUCCAAUUUAGCCUCCAUUCUUCCUAAACUUAAAGUCUACCCAAAUCCUCGUCGAGGCUCAUCCUCCUCAUUUUAUUCAAGUUGUGAUUUACAAACAAAUCAAACCAAUCGUAAUGCUUUAAAAAAAUCAUUAUGAAAUAAUAGCUUACACUUGCAUACAUAUAGGAUCAAUACUUAUCACAUUACCUCAUGAAGUUAUCUUUCAAAUACUGUAUUUUCUGGAUUUCACCAGCAUUCAGACACUUUCCCGAACUUGCCGUACAAUGUAUACUGUAUGUCAUGAUGAUGACCUGUGGCGCAAAUUAUUUUAUACAGACUUUCCUUGGAGUAGUCCAUUGAGUAACCAUUCAGUCAAGAGACGAAAAAGCAGCGCAGUUAUAAAGCCCCGUCACCUGGCCCUGUACCGCAAUCAUUUAACACUUGAACAACGCUGGUUGACCGGGAAAGUAUCUACCCGCUUUUUGCAGGGCCAUACAGACAGUGUAUACUGUUCAGCAUGGAUUGAUAAAAAUAUUCUGGUGACAGGAAGCAGAGAUCGAACUUUAAAAGUGUGGCAUGUGCCUUCAGGAACAUGCGUCAAGACAGUCAAAGAUCAUCAUACGGGAAGUAUCCUCUGUAUGAAGGUGGAUUUAAAAAACAAUCUCCUGAUCACUGGCUCUUCCGAUGCGACCUGCAUCCUUUGGUCUCUCCCUAAAUUUGAGCACAGAGUACAGCUCAGGGGCCAUGGCCAUAGUGUCUUGGACGUUUGUCUCGUAGGUAACAACAGGAUUGUUACGUCUUCUAAAGACCAUACGUUACGUGUUUGGGACAGACAUACAGGGGUUGAACUCCGACAACUUCUCGGACACUCUGCUUCUGUUAACGCACUAGAGUAUGUUGGUGGAAAUCAAAUCGUUUCCGCAUCAGGGGACACUAGACUCAAGCUUUGGGAUAUUCAGACAGGCCAAUGUUUGCGAACAUUCGAAGGACAUAAGCUCGGCCUGGCAUGUGUACGGUUUGAUGGAAAGUUUCUUUAUAGUGGUGGGUUAGAGGGUAAGAUCUUGCGUUGGGAUAUUACAACAGGUAACUGCGUGAGUGAAUUGAUUGGACAUGCAGGCAUCGUUCGAUCUAUUGACUGCUUAGAGGGUAAAAUUGUAAGCGGAAGCUAUGACCGUACACUGAAAGUAUGGGACUCUAAGACAGGGGCCUGUGUACUUAGUUUCCAGAGCGCCCAAUCGAGUUGGAUAUACAGUGUAUUAUUAAGUAGCACUCGUAUCGUUAGCUCCGGUCAAGGAAAACAGGUGAUGGUACUCGACUUUGCCAAUGGAUUAAACCCUUUAUGAUAUUUAUAUAUGACAUAUAUCCUCCCCUAUUAUAGCAGUACCGAUAUUUACCAAUAAAGGCAAAUGGAUGAUGACAGCUAUUUCCUUUUCAAUACAAGAAUAAUAUUUAAAAAAUAUUUAUCACUGAAGCUUUCUCCCA